AUGGCCAGCACCGUCCUUCACCUCCGGUCCGAGACCAAGCCCCUUGAGCACCGCUCUGCGCUCACCCCCACCACCACCAAGGCUCUGGUCGAGGCCGGCUAUACCGUCAACGUCGAGCGCAGCCCCGUCCGCAUCUUCGACGAUGCCGAAUUCGAGGCCGUUGGCGCAAACCUCGUUGAGGAAGGAUCCUGGGAGAAGGCUCCUGCCGAUCAUAUCAUUGUCGGCCUGAAGGAGCUCGAGGAGAAGGAGUUUCCCCUCAAGCACGUUCACGUCACUUUCCUCCACGUCUACAAGGGACAAGCCGGUUUUGAGAAGACUCUGGGUCGCUUCCCCCGCGGCGGUGGUACCCUUCUCGACCUUGAGUUCCUGACCAACGAGACAGGGCGCCGCGUCGCCGCCUUCGGGUACCACGCUGGCUUCUCUGGAGCCGCCCUUGCCCUCGAGAACUGGGCCUGGCAGCUUACCCACCCGGGACAGCCAUUCCCCUCCGUCGAGUCGUACCCUAACGAGGAUGCUCUCAUUACGGACGUCAAGAAGGCAUUGGACGAGGGCGUAGCAAAGAACGGCGGCAAGAAGCCACGAGUGAUCGUGAUCGGUGCCCUCGGCCGCUGCGGUUCUGGCGCCGUUGACAUGUGCACCAGGGCUGGUGUCACCGAUAUCAUCCGCUGGGAUAUCCAAGAGACUCAGGCCAAGCCUGGCCCGUAUAGCGAGAUCGCAGAAUCUGACAUCUUAGUGAACUGUAUCUACUUGAGCCAACCUAUUCCUCCCUUCGUCAACAUGGAGUCUCUUCAGGCCCCUGGUAGGAAGCUUUCCGUCGUGUGCGACGUUUCUGCCGACACCACCAACCCCCACAACCCCAUCCCCAUCUACACAGUGGCCACCACGUUCGACAAGCCCACUGUCCCAGUCGAGGGCUUUGAGAACCCGCCCCUGAGCGUCAUCUCCAUUGAUCAUCUGCCUUCGUUGCUGCCCCGCGAGUCUAGCGAGGCCUUCAGCAACGAUCUGCUGCCCACCCUCCUGAACCUCAAGGACUGGCGCAACGACCCCGUCUGGGCCCGCGCUGAGAAGCUCUUCAAGGACAAGGUCGCUACCACGCUCCCUGCCGAGCUUCAGAAGAGAGAGGUCUAG